UCAUUAUAUCUUUUAUCUAACAAAUGGCACAAGGGAAGUAAGGAACGUAACUUCUAUUCACCACGGGUUUUUGUGUCAAUAAUUUCAAGAGUUGUGUAACUUGGUCUAUGGUGUUGUUUUUAAUGUUCGCUUCUGUGGUGCUAGUAGGAGCGACACAUUCAUCUGGAGAUAACGUCAGCCAAAGGUUUUCAACCUGGAGACUCUCGCCUGAAGACUACGCCUUUAUCAAUAACCUCCCCAAGCCCAGAGGAGCUGGCAACCUGCCAGGUUUUAAGUACAUUUACAUAGAUGCCAGUGGAACCAAGUCCCACAACUAUGACCCAUCCAAGCAACAGAUUCAGAUCGCUGGCUCCCCCCGCACCUCCUGGGAAGGAGUCAACGCCGCCGCUGAUAUAAUUGUCAAGAUGACCCGGUACAUGCCGUCGCCGAUCUUUGACAACUUGGUUCUAAAAACAUCUGUUGGGGUGUUUACAGCGGCGGAGAAACUGACAAUCUACCCGGAGUACUACAACUUGGCCAACACUCACUGCGGCUCCUCUUGUGCAGGUCAGUGUGACAUAACGUGUACAUUUGACGGCCGCAAGUAUGAAGACAUUGCAGGGGUCGGGGGUCAAAGGGCAGUUGUCUUAGAGGACAACAUCCUCUGCACGCCCAGUGACCCUUACGGCGGUUCCGAGAACAUCUUGGCUCACGAGUUCACGCAUACGAUCCACAUCCACGGCAUUUCCGCCAUGGACCAGUCCGACGUGUACCUGGCUUACCUGGCAGCCAAGAGCCGUCAGACCUGGGCGCUCAGCUCCUACGCCAUGUCCAACGAGCAGGAGUACUUCGCCAUGGCGGCCACCGUCUACUUGGGCGUCAAUGACAUCCAAGACAACGCCGGGGGGAUGAACGUGUGCAGCCCCGGCGCCCUCUGCUCGGGGGAGAUGGCUAGCAGGCAGCACCUGCACCAGAUGGACACGCCCCUGUACAACAUGUUGACCUACGUGUUUACCAACAACCGGUCGCAGCUGCUCAGUGGUCUGACUGUCUGUCCUCCCAGUCGCUCUAUCAUUGGCUAGUGGAAUGGGAUGAGUACGUAGCAUUAGACCGCUUGCACACUACACGGUUAUGGCAUUUGGCAAAAAAAAAAAAAAGAGCUUUUCCUGUGUCGUUGUAGUCGACGGCAAUCCAUUUAAUUAAAAAAAAAAGCUUAUAUCAACUCACUAUCUGUCUGUCUGACUUUCUUUUGUAAAAUUAUUUCUUUUACCUGAGAAUGUAAGAAUCGAUAGAUAAAAAUUAAUCAAUUAACUUAUUAACUAUUGGUAAUUAAUUAUUUUGCUUGGUAUUUUGAACAGGAGAAAGAUAAUCGUACUUGACAAAUGUGUUGGUAUAAGUUGGAUUAGUCCCCUUGAAGAAUCUUGAGACCAGAGUAAUCAGUUUUUUUUGUGUGUGUGUUUUUUUUUUUUGCGUUUAAAACAAAACGAUCAUGUAAACAUUCACCAAGAUACCCCCUCCUUCCCCCGUUCCCAACUGGUCUAGACAACCGAUAGGAUCAUACCGCAUUGAGAAAGCUGAAAGUUUAAACAA